UUCCGACCGAGGGGAGUUGGGAGCGGCGCUUUUACACUUUGAUUUUCAGUCCAUCAUUCUCUUUCUUCUUCUUCUUCUGUUGAUGACCUAAAACUUCAUCCUUCUAACUGAAUUUACAUUGUCAAAUUCUUGCUUGCAGCCGAUCCAACUGCAGGAUUCCGCUAACAGUCUUACCAAUUGCUUUGUCCUGUACAUGAAAUAAUAGUUAAGUCAGCAUUAUGACGAGGAUAGACAGGGUUCUUGGCGAUUCUAUGAAGAAGAAUGUAUUUUCUCCAGUCUCUGUUGAUGUGAUAUUUGCUUCUAGUCGCUUUCCAACCUACAAAGUUGGAGCUAACAACCAGAUUAUACAAGUGAACGACGAGCAGAAGGUACUGCCAAUGAAGGAGGUUGUUGCACGCGAGACAGCCCAGUUGCUUGAACAACACAAGCGCCUCACGGUUCGCGACCUUGCCAGUAAAUUCGAGAAAGGGCUAGCUGCUGCAGCUAAGUUGUCUGAGGAGGCUAGAGUGAGGGAGGCAGCUUCAUUAGAGAAACACGUACUUCUGAAAAAUCUCAGAGAUGCAUUUGAAUCACUAAGAGGUCGAGUGGCUGGUAGAAACAAGGAUGACAUAGAGGAAGCUAUUGCCAUGGUUGAAGCAUUAGCAGUUCAACUGACUCAACGAGAAGGUGAGCUAAUUCUAGAAAAGGCAGAAGUGAAAAAGCUAGCAAAUUUCCUUAAAAAGGCUUCAGAAGAUGCUAAGAAACUUGUUGAUGAAGAGAGAUCUAUUGCUCGGGCAGAAAUUGAGAAUGCCAGAGAUGCUGUUCAGAGAGUGGAAGUAGCUCUUCAGGAGCAUGAACGGAUGUCACGUGCUUCCGGCAAUCAGGAUUUGGAAGAAUUAAUGAAGGAAGUUCAGGAGGCUAGGCGUAUUAAAAUGCUGCAUCAACCUAGCAAGGUUAUGGAUAUGGAGCAUGAGCUUCACGCAUUGAGAAUUCAGCUUGCUGAAAAAUCUAAACAAUCGAUCCAGCUUCAGAAAGAGCUUGCGCUGACUAAGAGGGUAGAGGAAUACAUGGUACAAUUUUACGAAUUAGAUGGUCUUGAGGCUCUAGGUUCAUGUUUGAGGGUCCAAGCUUGUUCUAAUACCGCUCCAGAACUUUCCAGUUGUUCGAUCCAGUGGUACCGUCUAACAACUGAGGGUGACAAAAAAGAACUUAUCUCAGGAGCCACUAAGCCAGUGUAUGCUCCAGAGCCUUUUGAUGUUGGUCGAAUACUGCAAGUUGAAGUUAUUUUGGAUGAUCAAAUCAUGACAUUGAGCACCACUGGUCCCAUUGAUCCUGUUCCAGGAUUGGGAAACUACGUGGAAGCAUUGGUGCGAAGACAUGACACUGAAUUCAAUGUAGUGGUCAUACAAAUGAAUGGUACCGAUCACUCUUCCCAGUCUAUCCACACUCUUCAUGUGGGAAAGAUGAGGUUGAAGUUGUGUAGAGGCGGCAAGACAACUGUUGCCAAGGAAUUCUACUCCACUUCAAUGCAGCUUUGUGGAGUUAGAGGUGGUGGAAAUGCCGCUGCUCAGGCACUGUUUUGGAAAGCAAAUGCUGGGAUUUCAUUUGUUUUAGCAUUUGAAUCAGAGAGGGAAAGAAAUGCUGCCCUUAUGCUUGCAAGGAGGUUUGCUUUUGACUGUAAUAUUAUGCUUGCGGGUCCUGAAGAUAGAUCUCCUCCCUCAGUUUAAAACCUGACUAGUUUAUAUAUGUUCGUUUGUAUCCCUUUUUCCUUACCGACGACUGGAACACUAUUAUAUUCAUUUGCUAAUUAUAAUGUAUCAUAUUAUUAUUACAUGUGUGUUUGUAAGGAAGACAAAAGGGGGGGACAUUUUGGGGUCUUUUUUUAUUUAUUUAUUUAUGAUCCCUUUGUAGUUCUGGAUUCUUCGUACUAAAGGCAUAUUUCCCCUUGUUAUGAAUUAGGUUGUUUGGGCCGACAGUUGUAAUUUGUAAAACAUCAUGAUUUAAUUUUCCUAAUUUCACUUCUACCUAAUAUAAUAAAAUUUUAGUA